ACACUUAUUCCUCUGAAGCAAUGACGGCUGCAGCGUUUGGCAGUAGGUAUGUCACUGUUACCAUACUGAUGUGCAUUUUGGGAAGCCAAGCACUGGACCUGCUGAGAGCAACUGGAACAUCAGAGAAUCCCCUCUCCGUUCCCAAGGUGCACUGCUGGUGUUCGACCUAUCCAAAUGUGGCCCAUUGUACCUGGCCUGAACCUUCCCACUCCCCUCCAACGCAUUACAUUGCAACCUAUAGUGAGAGACAUAAUAUGACAAGCACCAAGGAAUGCCAUCUCCUCCCACCCAGCUCUUCAUCCUCUGGUCUGAUCUCGACACCAUCAUCUACCUCUGAACAGCUCUGGAUCUGCCAGCUGCCCAGCCUGAAACUUCUUACUGACUACAUCAUUAACAUCACAGCAGUUCAUUCUGGAAGAAGCAUCUCCCAUCUAACAAGCUUCAUGUUGGAGGAUAUAGUGAAACCAGAUCCUCCCAUAGAUGUCCGGGUUUCCCCUAAUAACACCAGAAACUUGCUGGUUGAGUGGUCUCCUCCACCUACUUGGACCGACUUGGCAGUCUUCCCCCUAAAAUACCAAAUACUCUACCAGUGGGAAAACAAGGGUGCACGAAAGUCUGUUACUCUGGGUCCAUUUGAGGACACCAAGGUUGAACUGAAAGGCCUUAACCCCGGGAGGGCAUACCUGUUUCAGGUGUGUGCUCGGGAGCUGCUUGGUCUGGGCAAGUGCAGUGACUGGAGUAUACCAGUGAAGACUACAAUUCCAAGAAAAAGAUUGUAGGGAAUUCCUCUGACUUCUUUUUUCAUUUAAACUUUUCCUGUUAAGCUAAAACUG